GGAUAGAAUUCAGCCGUAGCGAUGCCACAUCCAUCACAACCUCUGGCCAGCCUGCAACAAGUCCUGGUAACCCCCUCCCGGCAGGACGGCGUCCCGGAAGACCUGGAGGACGAUCUACGGGUCAUGGGGUGUGUGCUCAUCCAGGAGUUGGGCGUCAUGCUCGAGCUGCCGCAGUGCACGUUGGCUACGGCUCAGGUACUUUUGCAGCGUUUCUUCUACGUCAGCAGCUUGUCGUCCUACACCGUCAAUGACAUCGCCAUCGGAUCCCUCUACCUCUCUUCCAAACUCACCGAAUCUCAACUCCGCCUCAGGGACCUACUCAACGUCUACUUGCUCUACGUCGCGAGGAACGAGCACCUUCGGACCCGUCUUCAGACUCAAACUCGGGAUCGGGAUCAAAACCGGGAACUUGAACCCGCUGAACAUCAGGGUCAGGCUGUCGAGGACGAGCGUGACCCGAUGGAGGGCUUCGAAUAUACCCCGCCGAGCUUUCAUAGUCCGGUUUAUUACGAGUUGAAAGAUGUGGUAGUCGUCGCCGAGAUGCAGAUCUUGAAGAGGUUGGGGUUUCACGUUCAGGUCGACCUUCCGUACAGUCACAUGAUCAAUUAUUGCAAGAUCCUCGAUCUGGUCGUCAAACCGGGGGUAGUCCAGCUCUGCUGGAGUAUCUUGAACGAUGCCCUACAAACCCCGAUCUACGCACAUUACCCCCCUCCCACCCUGGCUUGCUUUUCCAUCCUCUUGGCUACACGUCUCCUAGCGAUCCCGUUGCCGGACAGGUGGUGGGUGCUCUUCGAUGCGGAUUACGACGACAUGUGGACGGCUUGUGGGUGGGUGAUGAGGUUGUGGAGGGAUUGGGGCGACGGCGGUUCGAGCAGACCGGGGAUGGCUACAAAGACGGAGACGGAGACGCUGAUGGGGACGAGGAAGGAGACAACGGGGGACCAGGACGAGAUGCGACGAGCCAGAUGGGCACGAGCGUGCGGUUUGGCGACGAGCAGAAAGUAUGUGAGGAAGUAUAUCGAGCGGGUCGAGUUGGAGGACGAGAAGAGGGGGCAGUAAGCCGCGGAGCAAUGGAUCUCAGCCCCGGGGAUGAAAUGGACGCGAGCGAUAUUCGCUUACAAAGGCUGGCGACACAAGGCGAUCAGCAGCGGAGACGAGACAAGGACUCCGGAAGUCGUCGUCUCGCCCACUUUCGCCGCUCGCACGAAAGACCCUGCAGCUCGCCGAUCUCGACCAUCGUCUGAAGCUCUACGCACAUCUGCGUCAACCAAAAAAAAGAAACGCACACGUCGCACGAUCUCGCAGUCAAAUGUACCCGGCGAAUAC